GUGUGCUAGCUAUCGUGUCUGUGUCUGUGAUGAAGUGAUAAGGUGAUUUCUUGAUAAGUGAGAUAAGAUGAAUGGCAAUCUGACUUUUUUAAAUCGUGCAAGUUUUAAGACAACAUGAAUAUACAUACUUGAUGAUAUGAAGAACCCAUGAUGUAGAAUUAUUCCUUGUUUGUCUCACUCUUCGUCAAGUUUCAAAAUCAGCCCGAUCUUUAGCUUUACAUUUGAAGCUCCUGAACGUUGCUCCCAAAAUGGCAACUGUUCAACCACAGACAACACAAUUAGAAUUCCAUCAAGCGAUGGCAGAUUUCAAGACGAUGUUUCCAGCCAUGGAUGAUGAUGUGAUAGAGGCUGUGCUAAGGUCAAAUCAAGGAGCAGUCGAUGUGACCAUAGAUCAGUUGCUGGCAAUGAGCACAGACAAUGAAAAUGAGAAAAUAAGGAACGAAUUUCCUGAAGGAACAUCGCUGGCAGAUUUCCCUCAAACAUCUUCAUUUGCUGAAGGAAAUUCUGGUGAUGAUGAGAUUGUGAGCAUUUCUACAUCGGUGAAAAAUGUCCACCCAUCAACACCACUCAAAGCCCAUAAAAGGUGGGCACCUCCUCUUCUAGGACCUUUGCCUGAUGAUUUCCUGCGAUUUAAUCUGGGAGAAAAGUCUGAAAGUGAACUAGAAGAUGAAAGAAUUGCAAUGUUUCUACAGAAUGAAGAAUUUUUAGCUGAACUGAGGUGGAAUAAGGACUUUCUCUCCGUUUUGGAUAAAGAUAGUCCAUCAAAUGGUAAAGUCUCUAAAAGUCAGCCCUCUCGGAAUAUAGAUGAUGAUGCAGCGUUUCGAGAAAGACUGCGAAAUAUGGGGAAAACCUCUCGCAAAAAGUUUACGCAGCUAGCUCGGAAGUUCACUGGGUGCAAAAAGAAAGGCACUGUCAAAACACCGAGCCACAAAAACCCCUCACCUUUACUGAACGAACCAGAUAGUGAUGGAGCAUGAUGAGAGGGAUUUUUUUUUACCCCUGACUGGUUUUACUUCUCGCAUUAAAAAAAUACCUUUUCUUGUAGAUCUAUAUAAUUCCAGAUGUCAUACUCUGGUGAAUCUAUUGGUUAUCUUGAAUUCAACUUUCUAAUGGAGACUUCGAUCUCUGCAAAAGCAAUUUUCUUGUUCAAGUGUGAUUCAUUGCGUUCUCCUUUCCAAUGAAAUUUUCCUUCUGCCAAUCUUUUAUUUAGAAUCAACAUAAAAUUUCAUUUGCUGCUCAUUGAUCUAUACUUGCGCUCAUUCACUUUUCAUGUUUCCGAGGGAUAGAAUUCAGUCAUGAGAAAAAAUUAUCUUGACCGGUGCUAAUAAGAUAAGUCAAAAGUCUAUUAUUCAUUGUGUUUCGCUAUCACACAAAUUAGCGAAGUAACUCAUAUUUGAUCAAGAAACUCAGCUUGAUGUUACCUAAAAUAAGGAUAUUAGCAUUGUUGAUUAGUACUAAGUGCCAUAAAUUUAAGAAACCUAAAUGUUGACGGUAUAGUUAACUUGCAAUAUCUCUUUCUUGAGAGGGAAAGUUCUCUCUUUUUCAUGAAAAUGAGACUUCACAGCUUCAGGGCUUGAAGUCACAAUUAUAUAGUCAGCUUCGCCCCUUUCAUGUCUUAUUCAGUUAUCUAAAUACAAGUGUGAUGGAAACCCAUUUUAAAGGUAACAUGGAUGUAAGCAUCGCUUGUCUUAGUAUGAAUCAUGUUCAUCUUCAAGUCCUCAAAAUAUUUCAUUAUAUUUUAGCUGUGGGAAUAUUUUCAGAGUUAAGGUUUUGAAAAAAAUUUCAAACAAGCAGACGCACCUGCACAAGAUCUGAGAUGAUUCUUCUUUUAUUGAAGGUUUUUGAGUUGACCAAACUACAAUGUUGUUUUUGAAAUGCUUGUUCUUGAGUUAUGUUAGGCUAGGCUAAUUCAGAAUUUUCCUCUCCUUGCAGAUCUCAUGCACCCGGCACUCCUUUUUAGUCAUUUUUUUUAAGUUGAAAGCCAAAGAAACACAACCAACAAUUUUUAGGAAAAAUCGAGUUACUUGUAUUCACAAAAUACAUAGCAAGGGAACUUCUUUGAAUGUCGGAAUAGUUUUAUUUUUUUUUUACUGCGCGGAUAAUUAAACUACAUGUGACAGGGUGACUAGAUAUGCUCUGGUAAUCAAUGUUUUUACUGCUCUCUGCCUUUCACAAGCAACCCAUCCAUGGUCUCUAUAUCAUUUUCGUUUUUUUCCUUUCGUUUGCCUCAUCAAGCAAUGUACACUACAUCUGACAUAGGUUUAAGAAUAUAUUGAUCAAUUCUUUCAUUUGUUAAUUUUAUCAAUUUUAAUUUAUGAAUUGCCCGAGUGUGGAUGAAUCUAAAGCAAGAAAAAGACACGACAUUUAAAGGAAUGCAGUGCUGGUUUAAUGUCUCAAUAUGUCAACACUGUGUUCAUUACAUUUUUUUUUGUGGCGAUGAGCUUUUUAUGUGAUUUCAUGUUGUAAAAUUUUCUCUAAACUUGCAUACAAUAAUUGAAAAGUUUAAGAAUUCGUCUGGUUUGUGAAAUAUUUUUUCCUAGGGAUUUGCAAAAAAAUGUUUUUUCCUGAACUCUCUCAACAAAUAAUUAUCCCCUUUCUUUUUUCAGUGUAAUUCUAUAGGAAGGUGCUAAAAAUCUCAGUCAGUCGCAAGACGAACCAUACCUUUAGUUUUUAAUCAUUAUCCCUAUUUAAUAGCCUUAUGAAACUUUGUUUUUUAGAUACAUGUUCCAAUUUUAUGAUGUUCCGAGUAUGAAGAAUUAUCAUUGUACUCAUGAAUUCGUUUAUUUAAAUGUGACUGUCUUUGAGAAAAGGGACCCAAAUGAAUGAAGGCGAAGGACCUCUUAUAGAAAACUAAAGAAUUAGGCGCCAGCCAUACCUUAUUAUUUUAUACGAUUUUCCUUAUAACCUCUUAAGGACAAUGAAUAAAAGUUAAAAUCGAACUUUCUAUGUGCCAACGUCAGAAGAAACGAAGUUGAGCAAUGAAUUGGUCAACAUUUUUAAACAAAAUUUCUCAAGGAAAUGCGGGACUGUCUCUGUAUCUGUGUCUGGAUGCUUUGCGCUAAACCUAACUCUACAAUCUCUAAUCAGACGUUGCAUUAUUUCUACCAGAUACUGUGCAUUAAAAGGCUGAAAAAUUCACGUGCCAGCCCUCCUAUUCUUGAAAUCGGCCCCUAGAAAGUUUGAUCCUAAGGCUGAUCUCACCUAGGAAGUCGUAAGGAACAUCAUUUCAAAUAAGUAUAAAAUUUAGAUGGCCCUGUAUCCCUUUGUUUUUUGUGCAGAGUCCUUUAUCAGGAGAGUAAUUUUUGUCCAGUUCAAUGAAGUACAUAUUUGGAUUUGAGUUUUCAAAAUAGAAACCACUCUAUGUCACACUGAAGAAUAAGUAUCGAGCAGUUGAUGAAUUUUUGUGCUAAUAGAGGCUCAAAGUUGAAUUUUUAACCAACAAUUUUGUGGCCAAACUAAAACUUAAAAGUGCUUUCUCUCAAAAAAACUUUAUUUAAACUCAGUCUUCAAUCCGAAUUCAAUCCGUCUUAAGUGUGCUUUGAGUUGAUGUUUUAUGAGCAUUUUGUACGUUUGUUGAAAUGCUUUUUAAACCCCCUCCCUAUCAGUGAAACAAAUAUCUCAUUUUCAAGUUUUUCUGAGCAAAGGUCCCUUUUCUGAUGGAUGGUCACCAAUCGACAGUGAAACUGCCAAACCAUGUAUUUUGAUUUUUUAUGGUGCAGACUUCCUUUCAUAUUUUAUCUUUUAAACAGAAGACUAAUCAUGUCAAAUCUUGAAACCCUCUAAGAUUGUUCUUCUUUGUGCAAAAAAAAUUCUACGAAAACUUCAAGGAAUGAUUUUGAUUUGUUCUUCUAUAAAAUAUAAUGUGAGCGUAUGUUUUAAAACCAUUACCAUCAAAACGCUGUUUCAUUUAUACAUUUUUCGAGCAUCCCAUGUUAAGUUUCCUUGCACGCAUUAUGUACUUAAUAAGCAUCACUAUCUACUCUAGCAUGUAAUUCUGAAUCUCAUUCAAACAAAGACAGGAAGAUCAUUUUGGACAAAGACGUCCAAGAUGACAUACUUUUCUCCACCAAAUGUUUCCUCAGUUGUUGGUUAAGUAUACUUGUUAGUCAAUUAAAGUUUAUGGCAUUCUUUUUUUUGCCAUUGUUGUGAUUUUAUUUUUUAUAUUAGUUCAGUUUCAUUUGUUUUUUGUUUUUAUCUUGUUUUACGCUGAAACUUAUCGUUACCCUCCUCAACUCUAAAGUUUCGCAGUGAGACUGUGAUUCUGUGAUUGAUCUUUAAAGACAUAUAAAUAACUGUUUAGUUGAAAAAUUUAA